UCAAUUAAGCCAUAACAAAAUUUUCUGAAGUGAAACAUUAGGAAACAAGCAACAAUGGCAUCUUUCAUCUGCAGAUGGAUAUUGAGUUUCUUCCUCAUUGCGACAAUGGCACUUAUUAACCAAGCAAUAGCCUCUGGCUACUAUACCACCCCUAAGUUUAAAGCCAUGCCUUGGAAGCUUGCUUAUGCCACGUUCUAUGGAGACGAGACUGCUUCUGAGACAAUGGGUGGAGCUUGUGGAUAUGGGAAUUUGUUCAAUUCUGGUUAUGGAACAGCAACUGCAGCAUUGAGCACAGUGUUAUUUAGCAAUGGAUAUUCAUGUGGGCAAUGCUUCCAAAUACAAUGUGUGAAGUCUAAAUUUUGCUACAAAGGAUUUACGACCGUUACAGCCACAAAUCUCUGCCCACCCAAUUGGGCCCAAGACUCCAACCAUGGUGGCUGGUGCAACCCUCCACGUCAGCACUUUGACAUGGCUAAACCUGCUUUCAUGAAAAUUGCUCAAUGGAAAGCUGGCAUUGUCCCCGUUAUGUACCGCAGGGUACCUUGCAUUAAGAAAGGCGGGAUUCGGUUCGCAUUCCAAGGAAACGGUUACUGGUUAUUGGUAUACGUGAUGAACGUCGCUGGAGGGGGCGACGUGGAAAGCAUAUGGGUGAAGGGAAGCAAAACAGGGUGGAUGAAAAUGAGCCAUAAUUGGGGAGCAUCAUACCAGGCAUUUGCAACACUUUCAGGACAAUCUCUUUCGUUCAAGCUCACUUCCUACACAAAUCAUGAAACUAUUAUAGCUUCUAAUGUUGCACCUUCUAAUUGGCACGUAGGCAUGGCUUACCAAGCCAAAGUCAACUUCCAUUAGUCAUGUGAUGGGUUAAAUAUUGGCCAAUGCAGAUUAGUCGGGCCAAUGAGUUCUAAAUAAUUUCCUCUAAGCCCUCUAGUAAUCUUGAGCCUCAACCAAAGGCCGCAUUUCUUGGCUUUUCACUAUCUGGCCCCCGGAGGAGUGGUGCUAUGGUUUUCUUCCUACAAAAGUCUUGCUAUAGUUUUUACCGCAGACUUUUAGUUUUAUUUUAAGAUUUUGUACCUAGUCUUUCACACCUGAUCGAAGGAUUGUACAAUUCUUGCAAUGCUGAAAUAAAA